GAGCCCAGCAAUCUGCUAACGAUAUUACUAGACUUUGGCUCCUCCUUCAAAUUACUUGCCCUAAAAAAAAAAAAAAAAUGAAGUGCCGUUGCAGCAAUUUUAAAAGCGUUUCAUCAUCUUCAUCUUCUACUUCUUCUCUGCUCCUUCCACCUUCACCCUCCUCUUCUGGUCUUCCUCACUCGCUCUUUUCCCACUCUAAGCUCAAACUUCCGAAAUUAAAGGCAAAUCAUCGUUUGGUGAUCAAGAAUGCUUGUGGGUUCGAUAAUAAUGACGGGCUUCCCGUUUCUCCUAAAAAGCUCUUCAUGCAAGAGGCAAUUGGAGCAGAAUAUGGAGAAGGGUUUGAGACAUUUAGACAGGAUGGGCUUUUAAAGGUUGAUGUGGAUUUUUUGAAUGAUAAACUGCAAGAAGGUUUCCUUCAUCGGGUACGCUAUGCCAUGAAACCAGAUGAAGCCUAUGGUCUUGUUUUUUCUUGGGACAAUGUUGUGGCUGAUACUCGAUCAAUAAAGUUGAAUGUGUGGAAGCAGCUUGCAAUUGAAGAAGGAAAGGAAAUUCCUGAAGAUGAGCUUGCUCAAAGACUGAUGCUAUAUGCAGAUGCGGAUCACAUACUGCACAAGGGAUUGCUCUGGGAGACAGCAGAAAGUGAAGUGGUUAGAUUGAAGUUACGACUAUCCCAGUUGUAUCAUGCUAAUCUACUUGGGCUUAGAGAACCCAUUGAGGGGCUGGAAGAAUGGCUGGAUGCAGUAAGUAGAGUUCAUAUACCCUGUGCUGUUGUUUCAUGUCUUGAUCGAAUAAACAUGGUAGGUGCCCUGGAGCGUAUGGGUCUCAAAAAGUAUUUCCAGGCUAUUGUGUCUGAGGAAGAUGGCAUGGAGUCAAUAGCGCAUAGAUUCCUUUCUGCAGCUAUGAAGCUGGACCGCAAACCAUCCAAGUGUGUGGUGUUUGAAGAUGACCCCAGGGGCAUAGCUGCUGCUCAUAACUGUACUAUGAUGGCUGUAGGAUUAAUUGGUGCACAUCCUGCGUAUGAUCUGGUGCAGGCUGAUCUUGCUGUUGCAAGCUUCAACGAACUUUCAGUGAUCAAUCUCCGGAGACUAUUUGCUAACAAGGGCUCUACUUUUAUGGACCGGCAAAAGGAGAUUGUAGAGAAAUCUCCUCCGAAGAGAAAGCUAUCAGUCGACACCAUAUACUAAAUUCAUUUCCAUCUUGCCCCUCCUUUUCCCAAUCCCCCUUUGUGAUUUAGCAUCAUAGCAUUUAUAAUCUUAAUUUAUACUAGUUUUUCCCUUCUCCAGUUAGAAAAUAUGCUGUUUGACAUUUUUUUACAUGGUUGUACAGUGAGUAGAUAUGCAAUUCUUAUCUCA